AUGGGCUCAGCAACACAGAUCAACCAGAACUACUGGGAGAAGUUGACCCAGGUAUGCGCUAUAGGCGCCGUUUACGACUCGAGAGAGCGCGAGCCCCACUCCAAGUGCUUUGAGGGCACCCGCGUCGAGCUCCUCCAAUCGCUCAGGAACAUAGUCGAAGAGUCGGGUCCGGAGAAUAAAAAGAUGGUGUGGGUCUCGGGAGAGUCGGGCUCAGGCAAGUCCACCGUAGCGCAUACGUUUGCAGAUGAGCUCCGUCAGCAGAAGAAACUCGCAGGAAGCUUUUUCUUUUCCAGGAAGCAUACGAAACGCAGUACCUUUGACCUUGUACCCCUUACCCUCGCCUAUCAGCUUGGCCUACACCAUCACCGCGCCCGGGAAAUCAUCACGAAAGCAAUUGCCGACGAUCCGGGUCUCCUUACUCCCGAGAAGUCGCGUCAAGAUCAGCUAGAGAAGCUCGUCAUUGAGCCUCUCAAACAGCUCGCGCUGACUUGGGGAAAGACCAAGGGGAUGGCUCUCAUCUUCGACGCACUCGAUGAGGGUACCACCAGAGACUCGAAUACACAGCACUUUAGGGACUUCAUAGCGACCCUCUCCGCUCUUCUUCGGAACGCCUCCCUUCCUAUUUGUAGCAUUAUCAUCUUCAGCAGGGCAUAUCCUGAGAUCAGAGUGGUCAUGCGCAGUCGUUAUCUCUCAGACAUAACGGCGUUUGUACAGGUUCAAGACAAGGACUCUAGUGCGGAUGUCAAGCACUACCUCCAGCAUGAACUGGAACGGAUCUACGACGAAAAUUUGUACGAGGAUGAACUCAUGGAUCCAGACUAUCCCCACUGUCCCUCACCCAGCGAUGUCUCUUUGUUAUCAGAGCGAGCCAACGGUCGCUUCAUCUUUGCAGUGACCAUAAUCAGACUA